GCCAGUGUGAAGAACUUCCAGAUUAUUCAUGAGUCCGACCUUGAAUAUAUUAUCAUGCAGUUUGGUAGAGUUGCUGAGGAUAUAUUCACAAUGGAUUACAGGUAUCCUAUGUGUGCACUGCAGGCCUUUGGAGUUGCUUUAUCAAGCUUUGACAGCAAACUAGCCUGCGAAUAAUAUUGAACUUAUCUUGUAAAAAAAAUUAUUUUAAAUUUUGAAGAAACUUUAGUUGAGCACAAAUGUACCUUGUCGUAUCCUUUCGCACUAAUUCAUAAACUAAAAUAAACAUAUCAUAUAGAUUCUCAACUUAAACAAAUGUGCAAUUUUGUCAUUAUAUAUAUUCACAAAUGCUAAUGUUUCUACAUUUGAAAUCAGAAUCAGAAAUUCUCCUAAACAUAAAAAUGUUCUGCCCCCAACAAGUACUUGUGAUAUUAGCUUAUGUAAAAUGUUUUAAACGAAUCUCCUAAAGAAACUGAUGACUCUUCUCAUACUCUAAUUGUCUAAUCAAAAUAUCUUAACAACAUGGAUCUAAAUCAGAUGAAUAGCUAGAAUAAAACAUUUGCGUGCAAAGUGCGGAAUUUGUUCGUAUCUUUCAAUGUUUAUAUUUUCUCAAACACACGUGCAUAACGGAAAUGUUUUCAUUCCGAUGGAAACCCUUAUGUCGGUUCAAGACUAAAACCAGUAUUUCAACUUAGAAUAUAUAGUCUACAUUAGUGCAUAUUUUAACUUAGAAUAUAUAGUCUAAAUUAGUGCAUAUUUUAACUUAGAAUAUAUAGUCUAAAUUAGUGCAUAUUUCAACUUAGAAUAUAUAGUCUAAAUAAGUGCAUAUUUCAACUUAGAUUAUAUAGUUUAAAUUAGUGCAUAUUUCAACUUAGAUUAUAUAGUUUAAAUUAGUGCAUAUUUCAACUACUUAAUUCGCUUUUAAUUAGAUUUUGUCCCCGGUGUCCUAGAUCUAAUAUUUAUAUUAAACAUCUAGAUCAAUUUGUCAAUGUUUUGGAUAUUAAAGGUUUUUACCUUCAA